GCACGGGGGUGGGGCGGGAGGCUGGGCCGGGCUGGGGGCACCUGGAGUCAGCGGAGCCCAGGCAGGGAGCGCGCGCGAGGCCUCUCUGGCCCAGCUCGGAGCCCGGUGGUGCAGCGCCCGCCCCCGAUCGCGGGCGCAGACUGGCGGCCGCCUCCGGACCACGUGGUGCGCGCGGCGGCUCGGGGCUCCCCGGGCUUGGGCGAGCACUGCGGGCGGUCGACCGGGCGGAGGAGGCGGGAGCGAGCGCUGCAGCCUGCGGCGUCGGGGCCGUGGCCUCCGUUUUCCGCGCGCCACUCGCUGGGUCCCUGCGCCCAGGGCGCACGGUGGAGACGGACACGGCGGCGCCAUGGAGCUGGUGCCCUCUGCCCGUGCGGAGCUGCAGUCCUCGCCCCUCGUCAACCUCUCGGACGCCUUUCCCAGCGCCUUCCCCAGCGCGGGCGCCAAUGCGUCGGGGUCGCCGGGAGCCCGUAGUGCCUCGUCCCUCGCCCUAGCCAUCGCCAUCACCGCGCUCUACUCGGCUGUGUGCGCAGUGGGGCUUCUGGGCAACGUGCUCGUCAUGUUUGGCAUCGUCCGUGGGAUGAAGUCUUCCUCCAACCCAGACCGCCUUCCUAGACAGAACUUGUCCGGAGUAUCUGCUAUUCUCACUUUGAAUAUUCCUCCGGCUUUGAAGCUCCAGACGUCAUAUCCCAAGACACUCAUCAGUUAGUUGUGCCUGCAGAGGAUUGAUCACAGUGUUAUGUAUGGCAGCAGGAGAGUGGAAAGGGCCUUCAUGUCCUUCAUGGAGGAUUUCCAGUUGACUUUACUCCAGACUCCUAGGUACACCAAAUUGAAGACCGCCACCAACAUCUACAUCUUCAAUCUGGCUUUGGCUGAUGCGCUGGCCACCAGCACGCUGCCCUUCCAGAGCGCCAAGUACUUGAUGGAAACGUGGCCGUUUGGCGAGCUGCUGUGCAAGGCUGUGCUCUCCAUUGACUACUACAACAUGUUCACUAGCAUCUUCACCCUCACCAUGAUGAGCGUGGACCGCUACAUUGCUGUCUGCCAUCCUGUCAAAGCCCUGGACUUCCGGACACCAGCCAAGGCCAAGCUGAUCAAUAUAUGCAUCUGGGUCUUGGCUUCAGGUGUCGGGGUCCCCAUCAUGGUCAUGGCAGUGACCCAACCCCGGGAUGGUGCAGUGGUAUGCAUGCUCCAGUUCCCCAGUCCCAGCUGGUACUGGGACACUGUGACCAAGAUCUGCGUGUUCCUCUUUGCCUUCGUGGUGCCGAUCCUCAUCAUCACGGUGUGCUAUGGCCUCAUGCUACUGCGCCUGCGCAGCGUGCGUCUGCUGUCCGGUUCCAAGGAGAAGGACCGCAGCCUGCGGCGCAUCACGCGCAUGGUGCUGGUGGUGGUGGGCGCCUUCGUGGUGUGCUGGGCGCCCAUCCACAUCUUCGUCAUCGUCUGGACGCUGGUGGACAUCAAUCGGCGCGACCCACUUGUGGUGGCCGCACUGCACCUGUGCAUUGCGCUGGGCUACGCCAACAGCAGCCUCAACCCGGUUCUCUACGCCUUCCUGGACGAGAACUUCAAGCGCUGCUUCCGCCAGCUCUGUCGCACGCCCUGCGGCCGCCAAGAACCCGGCAGUCUCCGUCGUCCCCGCCAGGCCACCACGCGUGAGCGUGUCACUGCCUGCACCCCCUCCGACGGCCCGGGCGGUGGCGCUGCCGCCUGACCUACCCGACCUUCCCCUUAAACGCCCCUCCCAAGUGAAGUGAUCCAGAGGCCACACCGAGCUCCCUGGGAGGCUGUGGCCACCACCAGGACAGCUAGAAUUGGGCCUGCACAGAGGGGAGGCCUCCUGUGGGGACGGGGCCUGAGGGAUCAAAGGCUCCAGGUUGGAACGGUGGGGGUGAGGAAGCAGAGCUGGUGAUUCCUAAACUGUAUCCAUUAGUAAGGCCUCUCCAAUGGGACAGAGCCUCCGCCUUGAGAUAACAUCGGGUUCUGGCCUUUUUGAACACCCAGCUCCAGUCCAAGACCCAAGGAUUCCAGCUCCAGGAACCAGGAGGGGCAGUGAUGGGGUCGAUGAUUUGGUUUGGCUGAGAGUCCCAGCAUUUGUGUUAUGGGGAGGAUCUCUCAUCUUAGAGAAGAUAAGGGGACAGGGCAUUCAGGCAAGGCAGCUUGGGGUUUGGUCAGGAGAUAAGCGCCCCCUUCCCUUGGGGGGAGGAUAAGUGGGGGAUGGUCAACGUUGGAGAAGAGUCAAAGUUCUCACCACCUUUCUAACUACUCAGCUAAACUCGUUGAGGCUAGGGCCAACGUGACUUCUCUGUAGAGAGGAUACAAGCCGGGCCUGAUGGGGCAGGCCUGUGUAAUCCCAGUCAUAGUGGAGGCUGAGGCUGGAAAAUUAAGGACCAACAGCCUGGGCAAUUUAGUGUCUCAAAAUAAAAUGUAAAGAGGGCUGGGAAUGUAGCUCAGUGGUAGGGUGUUUGUGUGAGGCUCUGGGAUCAAUAAGACAAAACAACCAACCAACCAAAAACCUUCCAAACAACAAAACCAACCCUCAAACCAAAAAACUAUGUGGGUGUCUCUGAGUCUGGUUUGAAGAGAACCCGCAGCCCUGUAUCCCUGUGGGGCUGUGGACAGUGGGCAGAAGCAGAGGCUCCCUGGAUCCUGAACAAGGGCCCCAAAAGCAAGUUCUAAAGGGACCCCUGAAACCGAGUAAGCCUUUGUGUCAAGAAGUGGGAGUAGAACCAGAAAGGUGGCUGAGUGAUUAAGGGCACGUGACUCUCUUGCAGAGGACAUAGGUUCGAUUCCCAGCACCCACAUAGUGGCUCACAGCCAUCUGUAACCCCAGUCGCAGUCAAUCUAAUGCUUUCCAACAACUGUGGGCACCAGACAUGAACAUGGUACACAUACAUACAUAUAUACAUACAUACAGGUGAAACACUCAGACACAUAAAAUAAAUCUUCUUUUAAAAGUGGUGGCACAUGCCUUUAAUCCCAGCACCUGGGAGGCAGAGGCCAGCCUGGUCUACAUAGUGAGUUCCAGGAUGCUCAGGGCUACAUGGUGAGACCCUGUCUCAAUAAAAGUGUGUGUUGUAGGGAGAGUAAAUCGUGAGGCAGGGGGCUGAGGCCUCUGCUUACAGGUUAAAUCCUGAAGCCUGAACAUGGAUGCUUUUGGGGUUCCUGGGGUACUAGUGUAUGUGGCUCAGUACCAGAGCACCGAGACCCUUUGUUUGAGCCCCCCCGUAUGUGGUAACAUGAAUAAGGAUUCUCACCAAAUACUUGGACCCUUGAUAAGAACCCGGAAGAAGACUCUUGCCCCUUCUCCCAGCGUCUGGCUGUCCAUCAGAUGCCUGGUGUCCAUGACUCCCAGGGACUGGAACUGCCCCAGUCGGACUCUGCUUUGAAGGGAUUGAGGGAAGAAGGGCUUUUAUAGCAGUGAUGUCGGUGUGGCCCUUUGCUCUCUCCCAUUUCUCCUGAGUCCCUCAUUUGCUCUCGCUGCAGAGGGUGGCCCAGAAACUGAUCCAGGCUCUCCUGGAUCUCAGCUCCCCUGGAUGUCAUUGUUUGCCCUGUCCCCGUUCCUCCUCCACUGCCUGAGGGAGCAACCUGCCCCUGACUCCCUAUUGAAGCAGUCUGCUGACAUCCUUGUAAAAACAAAUUUAAUUCUCUUCCUUUUUUGGGACAGAUGGGAAGAAAUUGACGCCUUUGUCUCAAACCAAAAAAGAAAGAAGCAGAGAGACAAUAUACUUCUUUUCUUUUUGACAGCCAUUUCUUUGGAACAAAAGCUGCAGGCUGUCACUCCAGCAGGGACCUAACUGCCUUCCGGGAGGCGGGAGCUAGACUAGUGAGUAGAAAAGGUUCCUUUGAUGGACAAAGCAUAGUCCUUUUCUCCCUGUGGGGUCCCUAAAAGCUUAGGUCCUUGGGAAUCUCUGUAGCCUGGGAUACAGAGUGAUUGUCACCGCUGACAUCAGACCUGCCCAGCCACUGUAGCCUGGAACUUAACCUCUUAGCUGACCUUUACCACCUAAAUGGUCACUAUGACCAUGGAGAUUUCUGUAGAGUGUGGUGGUGGUGGUGAGGUGGUCACCAGGCCAAAGACACCCCUAGACACUCACUGGAAAGUCCUGCUACUCUGCUAGGGAGGUAGCAGACAGCAGACUCCUGAAGCAGGUGUCACGGGACUUAGUGCUGUGUGUCCUUGCAAGGACUGUGGCCUUGUGCCCCACCCAGGGCAGAGUUGUGUUAGAGCUGACCCAGCCGGUCCUUUCCUGUAGGGAUGAGAACUGACUUGGCCUCAUGAGUAUAGGUAUUGCAGGUGUGAUUUCAAAAUUGUUUAAACGUUGAUUGAUUUUGUGUUGGAUGGGGCAUGCUCCCGCCACUGUGCACAUGAGGAGGUCAGGGGAGAGUUUUAAUAGAGGUGCUUCUCUUCCUCUGCCUCCUGAGUUCAUAGGGGUUGAACUCCAGUCAGCAGGUUUGACAGAAAGGACCUUUAUCCACCAACCCCAAUUAAAAGAAAUUAUUUAUUUGUUUGCUAAUUUGUGUGUGUGUGUGUGUACAGUAACAUACCAUGGCACCACCACAUCCAGCAAGAUUUGACCAACUUUUUUCUAACCCUUUCUGAUAAUGUCCUGGGAUCAGCCUCAGCUGAUUAUAUACAUACACAUAUAACAUACAUACCCAGGUGAUUGCAUGCCAAUGUGACAGAUACAGUGACAGAAAGGCCCAGGGGGGAUGUCCCAGAAGUACUUUUUCAUUAAAAAACCUGUUUGCAGCAAUUCUAUAAGAGGCGGCAAAGGGCCGGUGGGUUUUAAAGGAUGCAUAGGAAUUGGCUACUGGGGGAGCAGCAGAGUGGGUAGAAAAGUGUGAGCAUGUCCAAGACCCAAAAGUUAUGAGCAGUAGAGACCCGGAGCUUAACUGAGUACGGUGGUGUACCAGGCCUGGCGCCCAUUAUCUCAGUUCAUCCCCUCAACAGCCCCUGGGCCAAAGUAGCAGUAUCCCUGUCUGUCUGUCUGCCUGUCUGUCUGUGUCUGUCUAUCAUCUAUCUAUCUAUCUAUCUAUCUAUCUAUCUAUCUAUCUAUCUAUCUAUCUAUCUAUCUAUCAUCUAUUUUUGAGACAAUGUCUCACUAUGUAAUUGUGGUUGACUGGGAACUUGCUAUAUAGACUAUGCUAGUUUUGAACUCAGAGAUCAGUCUGCCUCUGCCUCCUGAGUGCUGGGAUUAAAGGUGGUGCCAUACCUGCCUAGAAUCCCCAUUUUAUUUUAGUAAGUAUGUAUGCAUGCAUGUAUGUACAUGUGUGUGUAUAUGUAUGUAUGUAUAUUUAUUUUGGGGGGAUAGAGUUUCUUUGUGUAGCCCCGGCUGUCCUGGAACUUGUUCUGUAGACCAGGCUGGCCUCAAAUCCACAGAAAUCCCCCUGCCUCUGCUUUCUGAGUGCUGAGAUUAAAGGUAUGUGCCAUGCCUGGCUAGUGUCCCCAUUUCAGAUGGGAAAGCUGAGCUCGGAGGUUAAGCUGCUUUUCCCUGAGUCACAGACCUUGUCGGGAGUGUCAGAACUCCGGACAGAGGAAUUUUAGAGGAAAUUCCCAGGUCCACGUUUACUGUGAGUUCUGGGCAUCAGUGAAGCAGAACGAUGUCCCAGCUGUCGCUGGGUUCCUGGGAUGAGGCUUUUGAAGACUUAACAAAAUAGGAGAAAAGGGCAAUUUUCCGUGAACUUUUGUUCCUCCUUAAGUUCUCCAAAUCUUUGCCUUUCAAAAUGUACUGUGCAUUUUGCACGGUGCAUUUUUUUUAAAGCUCCAAAUUGACAGCGUAAUUCUAGACUAUCACAGGUCUCUCUUCCUCCCCAAAAUUUCCAUUCCGUUCUCUCUACGAGGUGGGAGGGAAGAUUGUGCCUUUGGUUUAAAAAUGCCCUACAGUUUCCAAUCUCUUCUUGAUGUCCUCGAGCUCCAGAUGAAUGCUAGAAUCUGAUGUUGGCUUCCUCUCUCAGAUUCUCAGUUUUCCCGUCCUGUAGAGUGGACUUUCUUUGUAGAAUGGCUGCGAGGAUUAAUUAGGUAAUGUAUGUAUAGCCACAGGGCUUGUCACUCAGCAAGUAGCUGUGACUGGAAAAUAGCCAGGGUGCAGGGUCAGAGCUGGAGACCCAGAGGGAAAUGUGCAUUGGCUUCUGGGGUGCACUGAGGAGAGAGGAGUCUGAGAAUCUGGCCUGGAGACCUCCGAGACCCCAUGGUGAGUGUGUGCGAAGCCACUGGAGCAGCAGGAGGAAGAGGAGAAUGUGUUGUCAUGGAAACAGGAGGAGGAGGGUGCUCCCAGGGAGAGGGAGUGAUGGAUAAUGUCAAGUUUAAUAGAGAGGAUGGAGGUGCAGAGGGCAGGAGGGCAAUGAGAGCAAACCAGAGACCUCAACUUUAGUCUCCGACAUGCCCUGAGAAACCCCAAAACCUGGCUUCAAGUCUCAGCCCUGGAGUUAAAUAAACACAUGAACUAGCAAAGGAUUUGCCUUCACCAAACUUCUGUUUUCUCCUAGAUAGAAGAUGAGAGAGUGGGUAGUCUCUAAUACGAUGGCCAACAUCUAAUCAGGUUCUUGAGUGGAUUCAUGGCCACGUAGCAGCUGGAUCUCAGGCAAGGGAUGGAACCCCAAGAGUCCCCUAAGAGCAUGCAGAAAUUCUGGCACAUAGUGGGCCGCAAUACAAGGUUCUUCCCUAGUAGUUAUGGGGGCUCCAAAGCUGGCUGUUGUCAGGAAGUUGCUUGGCUUGGAGUCCUAAGUGCCUGGCAUGUUGAGAGAUGGGCAUUUGGCAUCUGGAAGGUUGCUGGAGCCGCAAGUGCCCUGGCUGAGCUCCUACCUGCUAGAACACAGUCCAAAGGCCAGCUGCCAUCGCUCUGUAUCUAUACUUAGAUCCCAAACUUAGAACUGCAGCGCCAUACGAAGCCAGCUGCGGAGACUCUAAACCCUAGACAGUGAGGUUCCCUGUUAGACCCCGACUUUGGUACUUAUAUACAAACCAUGUGUGGAACAGAGUCUGGAGUGUAGCUCAGCAGUUAGAAGCAGGAACCACUCUUCCAGAGGACCUGAGUUCAGUUCCCAGCACCCAAAUCAAGCAGGUUACAACUGCCUGUAGUUUUAGGGAAUCUCACCCCUCUGUCCUCUGCAGGUUUCCCCAGAUGUGUCAGGAUCUCAUGAUGUAGCCCAGGCUAGCAUCAAGCUCACAAUGUAGCCAAGGGUGUCCUUUAAUUUCUGACCCUCCUUCCUCCACCUCCCAAGUGCUGGAAUCAUAGGUGUGUACCACCACACUAGCUCACAAUUAUUCAUUCACUGCCUAUUCCUUUAUGUUACUUCUGGCCCUAGGUGGGCAAUGCUCAUUGGCAGGAGUGAUGCAGAGUCAGGAUGUGGUCCCUCAUUCUGAGCUUGUAGAUGGGCUCCUGAGACCAGGACAGUGGGUUUGAGGCUCUGGAUGCAGGCAGCUUGAGAGUUCAAACUGGAGUCACCAUGAGCUGAUGAGGGACCUCAGCAGCUGAAGAUGCUGUCAGUCAUGUUCAAGCCGUGACGUCACAUUAUGAUGCUGCCAUCUAUGAAGUUCAUACUGGAGAGCUGUUUAAUCCAGCUACAAAA